CCGUUUGGCGGCAGCCAUCAGGUGAGCCGAGAUGGGCGCUUACAAGUACAUCCAGGAGCUGCGGAGGAAGAAGCAGUCGGACGUGAUGCGCUUUCUGCUCAGGGUGCGCUGCUGGCAGUACCGCCAGCUCUCUGCGCUGCACCGGGCCCCGCGCCCCACCCGGCUCGACAAGGCGCGCAGGCUGGGCUACAAGGCCAAGCAAGGUUAUGUGAUAUACCGGGUUCGCGUGCGCCGCGGUGGCCGCAAACGCCCGGUCCCGAAGGGCGCCACCUACGGCAAGCCCGUCCACCAUGGCGUCAACCAGCUCAAGUUUGCCUGGAGCCUGCAGUCUGUUGCUGAGGAGCGAGCGGGACGCCACUGUGGGGCCCUGAGGGUCCUGAAUUCUUACUGGGUGGGUGAAGAUUCUACGUACAAGUUUUUUGAGGUUAUCCUCAUCGAUCCCUUCCAUAAAGCUAUCAGAAGAAACCCUGACACCCGGUGGAUCACCAAACCAGUCCACAAGCACAGGGAGAUGCGGGGCCUGACGUCUGCAGGCAGGAAGAGCCGCGGCCUCGGCAAGGGCCACAAGUUCCACCACACGAUCGGUGGUUCUCGCCGCGCAGCCUGGAGAAGGCGCAAUACUCUCCAGCUCCACCGCUACCGCUAAUAUAAGUAAUGUUUGUAAAAAUUCUUACCUAAUAAACAG